GACAGGUUUGUGGAGAAGAGAUGGAGCAUCCUCUGCCACCCUGGAAUAGUCUGUCACCCACUUACCUCUGCUGCUGACUUAACAAGCACUCAGGGGUGGAGCACCAGACUACCCUGGAUAAGUGGUUUUACCUGUGGAGUAAAAUUCGGAUAUAAGGAUGCUGUCUGUCAACUCUGAUGGGAAGGUUUUGGUGCGAAGAUGUUUUCUUACACUCAGGCCGUUCCGGAUUUUCGUCCUGGGGAUCGGAUUUUUUACCCUUUGCUUCCUGAUGACCUCACUUGGUGGACAGUUUUCAGCCAAGCGGCUAGCAGAUUCUCCAUUCACCAUCAGGACAGAAGUACUAGGUCUAGGAGAAUCUCGAGGAGCCAUUCGCAGAAUGAAUGACGUACUGGAGACCCUGGUGAGGAGAAUGGAUAUCUUAGCCCGACUGGAAAAUGUCAGCGAAUCGCGUAGGACAGAGGACACUGGACACUUCACAUUGGACAGCGUGCAAUCAUUGGGUUUGAUGGAGAAGAUUCAGGCAAUUGCUCAGAAUGUGUCUGACAUUGCAGUCAAAGUGGAUCAGAUCUUACGAAACAGUCUCCUGAGAGGAAAAGCUAUUGAAGGCCAGAGGGAUCUGUGUGACAUCCCAAGAGACCCCCGUUUCCCAGACUGCUCUGGAAAAGUGGAGUGGAUGCGAUCACGGUGGACAUCUGAUCCGUGCUAUGCUUUCUAUGGAGUGGAUGGUACCGAGUGCUCCUUUCUGGUGUACCUUAGUGAAGUUGAAUGGUUCUGUCCAGUUCUACCCUGGAGAAAUCAAUCCAUCAGUCCGUUUUUCAAAUCCCACCCCAAAAAACAGGCGGCCUUCCGCACAGAACUCUCCUCUCUUCUUGAUCUAAUGGGUACCGGUAAAGAAUCUCUCAUCUUCAUGAAGAAAAGGCUGAGGAGGCUUGAGGCUCAAUGGCUUCUGGCUGCUAGGAGGUUAGAGGCCAAAAUUCAAGAUAAACCAAAUGAACAGAAACAGAUUCUAGUCCAUAUUGGAUUUCUGACAGAAGAGUCUGGUGAUGUUUUCAGUCCGAGAGUGCUGAAAGGUGGACCCCUGGGGGAGAUGGUGCAGUGGGCAGAUGUCCUUGCGGCUUUGUAUGUGUUGGGCCACAGUCUAAAAAUAACAGUGUCUGUGAAGGAACUGCAAAGUUAUUUAGGUGUCCCACCUGGAAGAGGAAACUGUCCCCUUACAGAACCUCUAAGUUUUGAUCUCAUCUACACGGACUAUCAUGGCAUGCAGCAGAUGAAGCAGCACAUGGGACUGUCCUUCAGAAAGUACAGGUGCCGUCUACGUGUGGUGGACACAUUUGGGACAGAGCCAGCGUAUAACCAUGAAGAGUAUGCCACACUCCACGGCUACCGCACAAACUGGGGAUACUGGAACCUGCACCCCAAACAGUUCAUGACAAUGUUCCCUCACACUCCAGAUAAUUCCUUCAUGGGGUUUGUAACAGAUGAACUGAAUGAAACUGAGCGCCAACAGGUGGCUCAGAACAAGGUCAGAAACAUGGCCGUCGUAUACGGAAAAGAGGCUGCUAUGUGGAAGGGUAAAGAAAAGUUUCUGGCCGUGUUACACAAGCACAUGGAAGUGCACGGGACCGUUUACUUCGAGACCCAGAGGCCCCCUGAAGUUCCUGCCUUUGUUAAAAACCACGGCUUGCUGCCACAGCAGGAUCUACAGCAGCUGCUGAAGAAGGCCAAGUUGUUUAUAGGUUUCGGCUUCCCCUAUGAAGGUCCAGCCCCCCUGGAAGCAGUUGCCAAUGGUUGUGUGUUUCUGCAACCUCGUUUCAAUACACCACAUAGCUCCCUGAACCAUGAGUUUUUCCGUGGUAAACCAACCUCCAGAGAGGUCUCAUCUCAACACCCAUACAUGGAGAUGACCAUUGGAAGACCUCAUGUCAUAACAGUGGACUACAACGACACAAAAGAGUUUGAGGCAGCUAUUAAAGUCAUCAUGAGGAGCAAGAUUGAGCCAUACCUGCCCUAUGAGUUUACAAGUGAAGGAAUGCUGCAGAGACUCCAUGCCUAUAUCCAGCACCAGGAGUUUUGUUCUCCUCCUUUGCCCUUCCCCAUUCCUAAUAAUACAUCCCAGGUUAAUCUACCAUCCUCCUUGGUUCUCAUCAAUCAUACACACCUGGUUUGGUUACCCAGUGAUCCUCCUCCAACCACGUGGCCCCCUGUCACGUCGAUGCAAGUAUGGUUGUCUGCAGAAGGAGAAUCUUGCACUAGUGCAUGCUGGAACCAUGACUUGGUAUGUGAACCCACGUUCUUCAGCAUCAUCAAUAGACAACAUGUUCUGGAACAGCUUGGAGCCCAGUGCGAGAGUACAGAAUCUGUAAUGAGCCACUUGUACCCAGCCGUGUCACCUUCUGUUCGGGAAUGCUACCUUCAGAGGGAGCCCCUGCUCUUUAGCUGUUCAGGACAAAGCACAAAGUUCCGCAGAUUGUGCCCAUGUAGGGACUACCAACGUGGACAAGUAGCUCUGUGCAAGGACUGCUCGUGAUGCCAUGGGUUGUUCAGCCCAAUAAUUGUCUCCAUUAAAUUUCCAACUACUGAUCAUAUUGACUGCUGCAUGUAGAGGUCCUACUGUACCCUUUCUAACUGUGACUAUUACAGGCUGGAAUCUCUGCCCGGCGUUUUAUGCUGCAGCAUAAAGCAAUAGUGAGAAUGAUACGCACUCACACCACAACCUGUGUAAUACAUCUUGGAGCCACGUAAUGAUCUCCAUGCCCUCUCCAUGGUUUUUGAUGAAUGGUUGACUACACAAAUAAAGCACAAUGAAGAUGAAACAAGACAGCAACAACAACAACGACCAAUCAGAGGGAAGAGAGCUGCAAGGUUUCAAGGGCAGAUCCUUUGAAAAAAGGGCAUGUUCUAAUGGCAAGAUAUAGGAACUACUUGUAAUAAAUAUGGUGUCAGUGCCAGCUAGUGUGGUGCAGCCAGUGCCAAUCCAGUGAAUGCUCGAAGGGACAUCACUUCCAUUUCUGAACAUUACCGAUGGGACAAUAUGAUUUUGUUUUUUACAGAAAAAAACACAAAGACUAAUAAAAUGUCGAGGAUUCAGAAUAACAAUUAAGUCAUUUGGACCAAAUGUGAAAGUAAUUUAUUUUAAGCCAGGGAGGAGGAGAUAUAUGCACUUUUUUUUGUCUGAAGCCGACACUUCCAAAUAACCUGGAAUGUCUCAAAAGAAGGCG